CGUUGCGGGUUCUKGCCCGAGCUCAGCCUCGGUCCUCCGGAGCUCCGGCCUUAGCCGCCUUUCUCCCUCAGCCUGCCCCCUCGGGAGCGAGAAAGAAAACCCUUUCUGUCUCUUCCCUGCCCACGAGCUCCAGGAGGGACCCAGCGGAGGCUUUUGGAGCCCUUGGGACGCGCGACCCUCUCUCAGAGGAGAGCGGGGAAGGGGCGCGAGGCGGGGUGGAGGAUAAAGGUUCACUGAUGGCUCAGUUGGGAGCAGUUGUGGCGGUGGCUUCCAGUUUCUUUUGUGCUUCUCUCUUCUCAGCUGUGCACAAGAUAGAAGAGGGACACAUUGGGGUAUAUUACAGAGGUGGUGCCCUGCUGACUUCCACCAGUGGCCCUGGUUUCCAUCUCAUGCUCCCUUUCAUCACAUCAUAUAAGUCUGUGCAGACCACACUCCAGACAGAUGAGGUGAAGAAUGUUCCCUGUGGAACCAGUGGUGGUGUGAUGAUCUACUUUGACAGAAUUGAAGUGGUGAACUUCCUGGUACCAAAUGCAGUGUAUGAUAUAGUGAAGAACUAUACUGCCGACUAUGACAAGGCCCUCAUCUUCAACAAGAUCCAUCAUGAGCUGAACCAGUUCUGCAGUGUACAUACACUUCAAGAAGUCUACAUUGAGCUGUUUGACCAGAUUGAUGAAAAUCUCAAACUGGCUUUGCAACAGGACCUGACUUCAAUGGCCCCUGGGCUUGUCAUCCAAGCUGUGCGGGUGACAAAGCCCAAUAUACCUGAGGCCAUCCGCAGGAACUACGAGUUGAUGGAAAGUGAGAAGACAAAGCUGCUUAUUGCAGCCCAGAAACAGAAGGUGGUGGAGAAGGAGGCUGAGACAGAGCGGAAGAAGGCCCUCAUUGAAGCAGAAAAAGUAGCUCAGGUUGCAGAAAUCACCUAUGGGCAGAAGGUGAUGGAGAAGGAAACUGAAAAGAGGAUCUCAGAAAUUGAAGAUGCUGCAUUUCUGGCCCGGGAGAAGGCAAAAGCUGAUGCUGAGUGCUACACUGCUUUGAAAACAGCUGAAGCAAAUAAGCUGAAGCUGACACCAGAAUAUCUACAGCUGAUGAAGUAUAAAGCCAUUGCUUCCAACAGCAAGAUUUACUUUGGCAAAGACAUCCCUAACAUGUUCAUGGACUCUGCAGGCGGUAUCAGCAAGCAGUAUGAGGGGCUAGGUGACAAGCUAAGCUUUGGCGAAGAAGACGAGCCUCUGGAGGCAACCACACCAGAGAAUUGAAAAAAAAAAAAUUAUACAACUUCAGAUGACACUUAACAGAGAUCUUUAUUUUUUAAGAUGAAACAGAAUGCUCCUUCCUCCCACACUACCUUCUUUGACUCUUCAAGUUACUAUGGUGAAAAGAAGAAAAGGACUUAAAUCUGUUCCCCUUCUUGGGAAGGGAGGGUGGGGAUUGAUGAUUUGGGGUUUUAUUCAGGUAAGUAGGUUGUAUCUGGCUUCUGAUAAGAUUAUAAACCAUGGGUUUGACCUCUGACCUGCAGGCACCAAUUUAGUCCCUUUGAAGAUGACUUAAUUAGGGAUGUUGUCACUAAAGGGUGGGAGAAGUAGGCUCUUGCCUCCUGGUGAUUUGAUUUUCCUUAUUUGGGAAAAUACAGUUCACCAUUCGCACCCCGCAUCUCCAAGGCAGAAGUCUGUGGGGGAGGCUUACAACUGAACAAACAUGCACUUGUACGUUUGCCAGUGGAAAAACAGCUGCAGAGAAUGUUUGGCUUCCCUGGCAUUUUUGUCAGUGCAUGUAUGGGUUAUUUUAGAAGCAAGCUUUUUUGAGCCCUCUGAAGGAAGAACUGGUGCUAGGUUUUGCAAAAUUUUCUAUACACUAUGCUCCUUGCCCUAGGGCUCAAGAGUGGUGGUUUCUGACUACAUUUCCAGAGUCAGGGCUUGGUUACCACCACACAUUCUUUUAGAAACUUUUCAUUUAAUCUGUGAUUCAGUUUUUUCUUCUCAAAUAAUCUCUCUGUUGGCUCCACUUAGCAUCAAGAAGAUAGGAACAAACAACUCAAGUGGCUUACUAGUUGUUAAAGUGGGAUCAUUACACUAUUAGCCACUGUAGUACCUGCUUGGCAGAUUAUGUAUGUACCUUGCAAUCAAGUGUCUUUAUUGUUGUGGCGAUUCUUCAUUGAAGAGCUCUGACACCAUGUAUGGAGGAGGAAGAAGGGUCAGCCAAGAGAUUUCUGAAGUCCUAAUGUUUAUGGCUCCUAUUGGGUGUUUAUCUGACAUGGUGAUAAAGGGAGUCUAUUCUCUAAGUAGUGUAUGUUUUUAAAUCCUGGGCUCCCAGGCAGCCACACAGAGGUUGGACUGAAUGUUAACUCUCCAGAGACAUCUGUGUGGAUAUAUAUCAAAGUUCAUGCCGUGUUCCUGUGCUGAGUCCCUGGUCUACAUCAAUAUCUGUUCAAAAUGUUUUCUUUUUCAUUCCUAGUUGGGAAAAUUAUGAGUCACCCUGGAAGAUUCAGGAUGGGAGAGAGCAAACAUGAAAGAAAGGUUUUUCUUGUAUCCUGAAACUAAUGUUUUGUGGGUAGGGAAUCCAACSUGUAUAGCUCAAGAGUGGUGUACAGAAUUGUUAAGUGAAGAGCAGCUAUCUGGAGUUAAUUUGCAAGCGUAUUGGUAUGCUAAGUGACCAUUAUCAGCCCUGGCUUAGGAUUUUGUCUAGCUGCCCCUACCCCAAAGAAAGAGCAGAAAUAAAAAUUCCUACUGUACCCCUCUUCCCUCUGUGAAUACUAGCAGUGAUACUUUCUGGCACCAAUCCCCACCUCAUUUUUAGUCCCAUGCCCAGACUUCUGUUUUAUCGAAUAGUCCUAGAACUCAGGGUAGCUUGCUCCUAAGUAGCACCAGGCUUGUCAGGAAAUGUUCAGCCUGCCUAGAAAGAAAGAUGCAAAAUAUUACCUCCCCUUACUUUAAAUGUUGCCCUUCUCUGUUCUCAUUCCUGCCCCUGAGAAUUCUCAAACCACAGUCCUCAUUUUGCUUUGUUCAGGCAGCAAAAUGUUUCCCAGUAGGGAUGGAUUUUAACGUGCUUAAGACUUCUUACUUGCAGAAGGUCCAUCUCCCCAUUAUUAAAAUGCAUUCAUCCUCCUUUCAUUUCAAUGCUGUUAGUCACUUAUUAGGAGCAGCAUGACACAGCCAGCAUCCCCUGUUUACAUAUAUGUCUGUUCUGGUCUGAAUUAUUCCACAUGGGCCUCAGAAAACACCAUCUCACCACAGUAGAUUCAGGAGCAGUGUUAGCCUCUAAAUAGCAUACUUUCCUCAGGUUUGUUUUAACUUGAAAGUCUCUCCUGUACCAACAUCCUGUGAUGGUUUGUCCCUUGACCACAAAAGAGCCUCAGUAAGUCCUGUUGCUGCAACUACCUUCCACCAGAUUAAUGUUGCUUCCUCUUUAAACAAAAAAUAUAAAUGUUAUCACGCUCAUUAGCAUAAAUCCAGUGGUUGUGGGUAUCUGUCUGAACAGUAAAAUCAUGGAAGUCAGCUGUCUCCUUUAACCUUGGGUAACUAACCCAUCUUUAUUAUUUUAACACUAGAAAAUCUGAUCUUCAAACAUUUGAAUUCUAAACAUAAAAUGUGAUAGCCUGCAGUGUUGCAGGCAGUGAAGUAAUGGCUGCUAUUUAUAAGUGGAACUUCUAUCAAAAUAAGUAACUGUUUAUAAAAUUCAGUUUUUGUAGAAUUUUCCCAAGGAAUAGCACCUUGGUGGAAUGUUUCUCAUUAAAACUUUACAGAAGUGAUUCAUAUUCAGUACCGCUUUUAAUCACUCUUUUAAAUAUAAGUACAGAAUGUCUGUAAGGAAGCCAAAGUUUGUUAUUUUUUAUAUAACUAAAAUAAAAUAGAUUUGGAGGGAUCUGUGUUCAAAUUAAGUUGAGAAAGAGGGAAUCACUGAAGUUUAGCAAU